AUGGUCGAACAAUCCACUUGCGCAGCGACUACUUCCCUGGAUAAUGAGAUGUCUGGACCGACGCGAAAUCCAACCAUUGCCACAACUACAACCAUAGUAUCUUAUGACGAGAACAGAGAUUCCACACCCAAUAAAGGCAACGCGGCAUGGCAGUCAUGGCACCCCCCGAUGGUUCACGCCGCGCCCGUGUUUCCGUUGCGGUGGGCAGACCUCGUCACCACGAGGGUUUACAGCUACACGAUGCCGUUAUUCAAUGCUCAUAAUCCUCCACGACAACAGCCAAGUCCAGUACGUCCACCAGUUCCACCACUAAGGCCUUGGAGACGUUUCUUUCCUGAUUCUUUUUUUUACGAUGUUCAUCCUCGUCGAUUUCCUAAAUCUCCACCUAUUAGACGUUCGGACCGUCUGUCAACACUAGCAACAGCUGGAGCUACUAUUGCUCAAAAGACGGCAACAACAGAGAGGCCUACAAAAAGUACUAAGAAUAUUAAACGCACGGCUUCAACGUCGUCUAGUAGCUUAGCCACUUCGAAAUCUCUACGCACCUCUAAUGGCCGCACAUUGCGGCAACGAACUUCUAAGAAGGCAAAAUUUCAUAAAAUGACCUCAACGUACAUACAAAAUACCGAUCCAGUAGAAGCAGAGAUAGCUUCAGAACUUUUAAAAGAAUUCAAACUGAUAAAUAUUACCCCAAAAACCAAAAUAAGAAAAACAGUGACUGUAGGCGGCACAAGCACAGAAUAAUUGUUC